GCUGUGGGUCGGCUGCACCUCCUAGAAACCGUUAGACUAGACAGCUGUGCAACGACGGUCGCCCGAUCCCUUGGGAUCCAGAUAAGGGUUCGGGGAAGGACUGGUUAGCUGGCUUCCUCAAGAGGCACUCACGGGUGACGGAGCGCACGACUCGCAUCUACGAGUCAAACAGAAUCACCGAGGACAAGGAGCCUCCCAUCGUCGAGUUCUACAAGAAGUGGGCAGCUCUCCUUGACGAGCACAAGCCGGAGGCCGACCACGUGCACAACACGGACGAGACCGGUACCACACCGCAAGGCACGAAGACGAUGAAGACCUUCGCGGAGGCAGGGCAGACGGUGGUUGAGUCGAUGCGGUCCAACUCGCGAGAGAACACCACCGUGGUCACCACCAUCAGCGCCAAUGGUGCCACGUGGGCGCCAACCAUUAUCUUCAGAGGACAGCGACUCCAGCCUGACUGGUUCGCCGAGAGGAACGGCCCGAAGGAUGCGAGGUACACGUGCACGGACUCUUCGUUCAUGCAGGGCGACGUGUUCAUCAAGUACUUCAAGGACUUCCACAAGCAGCUUGACGACCGAGGCGUGCUCGACGGAAAGCCGCACACCCUCGUGCUUGAUGAGCAUGCCUCAUACGUGAGUUACGAGGUCAUCAAAUUGGCCAUGGAACUCAACAUCAUCCUCUUCCAGCUGCCCUCCCACACGUCGCACAUCACCCAGCCGUUGGACGUCGUCGCUUUCGGAACCUUCAAGAAGGAGGUGACUACAGUGCUGCAAGACUACUACCACGCAAACGGCGGGUUGUUACCGCUGAAGCGUGACGUGCCCGGCGUGAUCGCGGCGGCUUGGCAAAGGAGCUUUACACCGGAGCGGAACAAAGCAUCCUUCGGCGGGGUGGGGCUGUGGCCUGUGGACAUGGAUCGAGCGCUGACCCGGCUUCAGGGCACGGCGAAGAGGAAAGAGGGGCCGACCGGGCGCCCACCCCUAGAGGAUGUCCCCAUCGCCAUGACCCACGAGCAGCUAGAAGAGGUCAUCGGAGAGAGGGGCCCGAGGCAGUUGAAGGCGGGAGGACACACCAUUACCGGACUCAAGGUAGGCACGGUGAUGCUCGGCGGUCUCCUGUCUCAGAGGAAGCGCGCCAAGAAACUGGCGACCUCGCGGGGCUCUUUGGGCCUUCCCGACGGAGGCAACAUCAACUCGGAAGAAUUCCUGGCAAAGGUUGACGCAAAGGAACACGCAGACAAGGCAGAUGCCGAGGCGAAAGUGGAGAGGGGCAGAGAGCGCGCAAGGAAAAAGGAAGAGGCGGCCGCGGCGGCGGCGGCGCGGGCACGGCAGGCGAACAC